ACCCCUUCUGUCUGUGUGAAGGAGCAGCAUCCCAGAGACUCCUGUAUUAGAGUCUGGUAACACAGGGAUCACUGGUGCUCCUGCUUUGGUUGCAGGAUUUUGCAGGAGCCUGUCUUUGGCUACUACUCCCUCCCCUCCCCCUUUCUGCAGGUCCUGGUGAUCAGACGCUCGCACCAUGGUCAGCACCUGGGGCAUCCUUCGGGUCUAUGUGGUCCUUCACCUUGCCUGCGUUUCCCUGGCUCAGUUUAGGGGUCCAGCAGGAGAACCGGGUCCUCCUGGCCCACCAGGCCCUCCAGGGAUCCCUGGAUCAGAUGGCAUAGAUGGUGACAGAGGGCCUCCAGGGAUUGGACCUGCGGGUGCAAAAGGUGAACCCGGCCCCCCUGGACCAGACGGCCUUCCUGGUGAAUCUGGAAUUGAUGGUUUAACAGGUGCUAAGGGAGAUCCCGGUCCUCCUGGACGUCCAGGCCCAAAAGGUCAAUUUGGACUGUCAGGGCCACCAGGAAAACCAGGUCCAGGAAUUGCUGGUCUUCCAGGUAAUCUAGGACCAGUUGGACUUCCUGGUGAAAUUGGAGCUAAUGGACCCAAGGGUUUUAAAGGGCCGCUUGGACCUCCCGGACCUCCAGGACCACCUGGUAAACCAGGUCCUUCUGGGAACAUCCAGGGGUUAGAAGGCAGUGCUGAUUUCCUGUGUCCAUCAAAUUGUCCAGCAGGACCCAAAGGACCUCAGGGUUUGCAGGGGGUGAAGGGACAUAAAGGACGUCCUGGGCCUCUUGGUGAGUCAGGAUUGCAGGGAAAGACAGGUACAAAGGGAGAUGUCGGAAUUUCAGGAGAGCAAGGAAUCCCAGGACCUCGGGGUCCACAGGGGAUCCGUGGUUUCCCUGGAAUGGCAGGACCCAAGGGCGAGACAGGUCCCGUUGGAUAUAAGGGAAUGAUUGGAUCGGUUGGGGCAGCAGGAAAACCUGGUGAGGAAGGGCCAAAAGGACCCCCAGGAGAGCCAGGCGAGAAAGGAGACCGGGGUGCACGCGGCAUCACGGGACAGAUUGGUGCUAUGGGACCAAAAGGCAACAAUGGUCUCCCUGGUAUAGAUGGCAAGGAUGGAACUCCUGGUAUUCCUGGAGUGAAGGGUAGUCCUGGUCAAAACGGGAUACCCGGUUCCCCCGGUCACCAAGGAUUAGCUGGAUUACCUGGACAGCCUGGAUCCAAGGGAGGAGCUGGGCAAAAGGGUGAGCCAGGUGCUCGUGGAGAACCAGGAUUUAGUGGGGCUCCUGGAAAGCAAGGGGAAAGCGGUCCACCAGGUGAAGCUGGCCCCAGGGGCAUUGUAGGUGUAAAGGGAGACCGUGGAGAGAGAGGACCAGUUGGACCAAUUGGACUUCAAGGCAAAGUAGGGGCAAAGGGUGAGCAGGGUCCUCCUGGUGUUCCAGGACCCCAGGGAAUCCCCGGAAUUAAAGGAGACAAAGGAUUUCCAGGAAAGGUUGGAGCAAAGGGAGGACUGGGAGAUCCUGGAGUUGAAGGAUUGGCUGGCGAGAUAGGAGAGAAGGGAGAAUCUGGUGAACCAGGUCCUAAAGGACAGCAAGGUGUUCAUGGAGAAUUGGGUUACUCUGGUCCCACCGGAGAUCCUGGCCAGCCUGGUGUGCAGGGACUAGCUGGGCCACCAGGACCACGAGGACUCAAUGGGGAGAGGGGAGUUCCUGGAUUGCCAGGACGCCAAGGAGUACCGGGACGUGAUCCUGGAGAUCAGCACAUUGAGGAAGUGGUUCUGAAAAUGCUACAAGAACAACUAGCAGCUGUGGCUGUCAGUGCUCAGCGAGCAGCCUUAGGAGGAGCUGGUGUCAUGGGGCCUCCAGGACCACCUGGACCACCAGGGCCACCUGGAGAGCAAGGACCACAUGGACACCAUGGACCACGGGGUAUUCCUGGAAUUUUUGGUGUGAUGGGCCAGAUUGGGAACAUUGGUCCUAAAGGAAAACGAGGAGAGAAGGGAGACCGAGGAGAUACCGGACGUGGACACCAAGGUUUGCCAGGUCCUCCAGGAAUACCAGGUAUCCCGGGCAUCCCAGGUAAUGCCAGUGAUGGUAAAAAUGGAGAGAGAGGUCCUGAGGGAGCAGCAGGACAACCAGGAAGGCCUGGGUUCCCUGGGCCAGCAGGUCUCCCUGGAUUCUGCGAAGCAGCAGCAUGUUUGGCAGCAUCGGCAUACGCUCCAGCAUCUCUAACUGAGGCUGGCGCUGUAAAGGGUUAAAGAUCCCACUUCACCCAUCUACUAUUCCCCCAGGAUGCCACACACAAACUGAAAAGUAUAAAGUAACAAGGGAAUUAACCCAUAACCUGCAGGAAGGACCCACACCCCGAAUAUACCAUCUAAUCACAAGGAGUCCUUCUAUAAGAGAAGGGGACUAAUGAGAUUGAAAGAAACAGAAACUUUGGCAAGGCCAAAGGAGGAACCAUAGAAUAGGAUUCUGAGCAUCGGAAAUAAAGACUCUGAACCAACACAAAGUAUGCAAUCAGCUCUCUCACAAUUUCUCGGACAUCGAGACUUCACAUUACCUCCCUUGUUCAGCUUCCCAUUGCUAAGCAACACACAGAAGAUAACUUGACACUUCUAUCAACUACCUGUAGAGCAAAUUGAGUGUGGAAGUAAACUUGCCAAUACACAUGCCACGGUAUAAAGCAAUAGUAACUAUGCUAAUCUUUCCUUUACAUAGAGUCUCCCAUUCAAAUGGAGAACUGUGGUAACAGCAUGUCAGGUGCAGUGUAUCUACGCACCUGACCACUCCACUGACACAGAAAGAAUGAUCUUACCCAAAGUAUUAUUUGUAUUAAUCAUAUGAUGUGAUUUGAUUCUGCAUUGCUUUAUACCUGUCUCAUGUUAGUAAUUUAUGGAUUGUGAAUAGAUGGCUAAAUAUUUCUCCACAUGCUUAAGCUUGGCUUGAGUUAUGUUCCUCACCAUUUGUCAAAAAUUUAUCUCACACUCUAUACAAAAUGCAGAAGUGUAAACCUUAUUUGUUGUUGCUAAGGUGCUGUCAGACUUGUGCCUCUCACCUUCAUACAUAGAGGGUCAAGAUUAAAUAGGUUAAACUAAAGUGGCACAGUGUCCACAAAGCAUCAACAUGUGGCUUUGUGAAUGGCUUUUGUCCUUUAGUGUCACAGGUGUCAUUAUAAGACGUACGCAUUUCUCUUUUCUGUGAAAGCUUUGUGUCCCAUGUCUAUGUAUGAGGUAAGUAUUUUGUGAUAUCUUUAAAUAUGAACUAUUUCUUUGUUUGCUUGUGUG